AGGAGCCAGAACAAAGGAGUAUUCUCGUAUCCCUAGCUUACUCUGAUGCAACUUAGGUAAGCGUUCCCAAUCCCAGCACUAUAUUCCUAUGCUUCCCGCUCAAAAAAAGGGAGUCUAAAGCGGUAGUGAUAAGCGAUAGUCGUAACUUUUACUUUUUUGUCGAAGUCGUCGAGUAGGUACAACCAUGGACAAACAGACGACGCCGAGCACUUCCGAAUCUUUUUCCUGACUGCCAUACUUACAAACAGAACAUGCAGAUACACGGCGACAAACCAAAACCGAUGACGAUAAAGAUGCAUUGGAAGGGUUAUUCUUGCUCUGCAGCAGGGACGCCCACGCCAACGAGCAACGCCAAAAUGACCACGAUGAAGACAGGAAAAAAAAUAAUUCUCCCCGCCCUUCUGGCAUUCGGCCCGCUCGUGCAGUUUCUGCUUCUGCAGCAACAGAAGCAAGUCGCCGCGUUCACUUUGAAGGAUCUGCUGUCCAGGCGAGCCAAAGGGCGGCGCGGAGCUGGGAAGAGCGAAGCAACACCAAGCUCUGUGAUAUCUCGAGGGCCGAUCAGCUUGAGGCAGUCACAGUCCACGUCCAGAACGAGUCGCAGAAGUAAGACGACGGGGGUGGCAGCCAGGGCAAGCGGAAUUAGAAGAAGUGCAAGAGCGCGGCUUGAGCCUGACGGGGAGGACCGCGAUCGGGCACGUAUGAUCUCUUUGAGUACCGAGAUCAAGGACCACUCGCACAGACAAGAAGGAGAACAGGAAGUAGAGCUGGAGCAAGGACAACUGACAGAAGUCGAAGAGGCGGAGGUCGGUGCACUUGAAGUAUUAUCGUCACACCUUGAUGAAGACCAGGGGCACGCGCACGAGACGCCUACUUCUGGGUCUUCUUCCUUUAGUGCCCUUAUCGCAGGCCGCAAUCGCAAGCAUGCCGAGGAUCAUGCGGUGAAGCGUAGAAGCUCGCAGCCGCAACAACCGGACGAGCAACCACGUGUGGAGGAGGAUAGUGUCGAUGAUGCUGCAGCGGAGAAUCUGCGUGUAACGGGGAUCGAUUACGAGCAGCAGGCACUGGAGCUACAAGUUCCGAGCACGUUUACUGAGGAGAGCGAGCGGACGCAGGAGGGCCUCUUGCAGCGAAAAGUGGAGAAAAUCGGGCUGAAGAAUAGUGAAGCUCACUAUCUUGCAUCAAGGCAGCAACAUCAGCACGAGGAAACACGUGGUCGCGCGUCUGCGGUGAGUAGCGAUGCCACCGCAGCGGACAUCUUGGCACACGUGGAGGAGAAUGUGCGUGACUUGCGAAACCAGAUCAUAACCGAUGUUGCCGUUCAGUGCAGCAGUGAUCCGGGGGACAAAUACAUGACUAACGAGAUGGACUUGAACUCGAAAUUGAAGGACCUGGAUUCGUCCGGUUGCACUAAUUCCGUCGGCUGUUUUCCGUUUAAGGGCGUAUAUGUCAACUACGAAAAGGUUGGGGUUCAAAAUCAAGCUCAAACGGUGGCGCAAUCGCAACGAAAAAACUCUUGUCUGCAACGGGGAAUCGCGGAUAUCUUCCUGCGCGAGUCCAACACAGGAAACUCAUUGCGAAGCCGUAUCACGAACAGUAACGAAAACGAGGACAAUGCCGACUUGGGUUUCGCUUCCGUGGUGUUGGAGCCUCCGCGCUAUCGAAUGCAAAUAGUAUGUUCGUCAAUGAAUGAAAGAUUGAAAAUGCAGCUGCAAGGACAUACACAUACUUAUCAGAUCUGGACUAGGACUUCGAAGUUGUAUUAACGCAAAAUUGUACUGCGAUUUCAUUUCAUUAUCUUGAGUCGGCUUUCGUAGAAAGAUUGUGAAUAGUGCGCCUCUGCAUGACCCAGUCUCGACAACGAUUCCUGACCCUGACCAAACGGGCCAACAUUUUCUUUUCCACUUGACAUUGUCCACUGGAAAAGAAAAUGUUGGCCCCUUCAGGAAGGAAGAUUUUUUGUCAAGUUGACAAAAAAUCUUCCUGUUCUCAGUAAGGAAAGCGUUACCUGGACUCCCCCUCUAGGUGGCUCAACAGGAUGAAUAGCAUUCAACGCGCGCCCCAGGAGCGCGCGUCUUUGGAGGGCGCCUUACAUUAUUACUGCGUUGCGUACAACUUUUACUUUACUGAAAUAAAGAAAAAAUUGAAACAAAGGAUGAAAGGAACGUGCCUCCGAGGGCGACACGAGUAAGUACUCGAGAUUGCAUCGGGUGUCGGAGCAUGAAGAAGAAGAAUUAAUAUGAUGAACUUAUAUAUACACUAGUUUGCUUUUUCUUUUUCGCUACUCAGACGAUCGAUAUAUUAUUUGCUGAGGAUACCCGACUGACGAGGACCAAAGUAACCACGAAGAGCGAGCAGGCAGUGGUCCGGUGGCCCUUAAGCAGUUACGUGCCGGGCGAUAUGACGAAAACAAGUUGGCACCAGCGCGCCCUGACGCGAGGGAUUACAAAAAAUGUCCUCCUCGUGCUGGACCGUUCGUAUUCGAUGCAUGGAAAUGGAUCGUGGGAGCCGGCGAAGACCGCUGCUAAACGAGUACUCCAGUCCCUCGAGGACACGGACCGAUUUUUCUUGAUGACCUUUCAGCACCCCGUGCAGUUUUCCGCCUUCGAGUUUGUUCACGCAACCGAGGACCAUAUCAAGGCUGCGGAAGAGUGGCUGGACAGUAUUCUGACGCCGAAUGGAGGAGCCCCUGAUAGUGGUACUGACGUGCGUCCCGACGCGGAGUUCGGCAUCGGAGCUGCAAUCGUGGUUGGAACUCUCGGCUUCGUUCCACACGCGUGGCGUCAACAAAUUCUCGGGAGCACGGGCGGGAACGCAAAACAAUAUCGCAUUCAGGUCAACGAUGACUAUCCUCCUCACCGCAUUGAUCUUCCGGGGAUGCCUGUGAAUGCAAACGAAGCUCGCGGUGCAUGCUGGCCUUCCACCCCGACCGAAAAUUGCGAGCGGACGUUUGUUUUCGUGAUGACGAUAUGCGAUGAAAAAGUGCUUCUCCAGCUGACCCUGGAAGGUCACCGCUAAAGAACGCAAGUAAGUCGUUCUUUGUGUCGCAAUGUGUCAUGAAGUAGUUUGAUCGUCCAUCCUUGAGUGCAAAAUUGAUUGAGAAUGAGAGGGUAGGGUCACGCGCAGGAAUAUCACGCCGCCAUGGCCUACCGGCGUUUUUGCGACUGCCGGAGCAACUGUGAAACCCUUUCGGCUGAUAUGCAAACGACAAGGACUUUUUUAUGGAUGAAGUGUAAAAUUGCAAUAUGUUGACUCAUAGAAGCGUCAUACAUAAAAAUCAAAAAACUCUGACUGUCUGGGCCUAGCGGCUUCUUAGUACCAGGGAGGCGUGACAACCAGUCGUAUUGUUUUUUGACUUUCCACUCCAAAGUUUUUCUGUAAAUGUAAUAUGAAGAGGCUUGAUCUACUUUUCGCCUUGUCUUUAUUGCGACAGCGACACAGAGAUCGACACUGAUGAAGCGGAAGGGCCGCCGCUCUUUCGCGGUGACCUAUUUUCAUCGCGAUAAUCGGACGAAGACUUUUCUCGGAGCCAGUUUGAAAGUGACUAUUCAAAAUGGCUAUCUGAGUCCCUGCUCAACGUCCAAAAUUUUUCCGUUGCGAAUUUGGCGAAGUUGCGUCUGGACAUCUACCAACUUGAUUCGAAUGUUGGAAGCGGAGAUCUCACAGAUUCUGCCUACACUACGAUUGCGGAUAAAUUCAAUGGCAUCGCAGAAAGGGUGCCAAGAAAUGGGGUAUUCAGUGCCAAUGUGUCGUUGUCAUCGCUGUAAGCUUUCAUUCUGAUUCAUUUUUAUUUGCUAGAAGCACCUAUGAUUGAAGAACAAGAAUCUCAAUCUUCACUGGUUGUGAAGAUCAAGAUUCUUCACAGUCAUAAAGAAAGAAUGAGUGCUGCCGGCCGCGGAAAGGAUACCUUCGGGGAAUAUUUAGUAUUCAUGUGGGUUGCCCUAAGUAACUUUUCGUUUUCGGACAUAGUGACUGACUGCAAAGAGAAAGCACCAGCGGGCUUUGUAACUUGCGUACGAGAUGUGUGCGUACAGGUACAGUAUUUUACCUAGUCAUGAUCAUCAGUGUGAUUAUCUUUCUAGCUAUUUGUGGUCUUUUUCCGAAACACGAAACGCGUCAGCAUUCCAAUGCAAUUAUUCUUCGGUCGUGGUGCUCCCAGCGCAAUCGAUGACACACUUGCACUGGAUAGCGCGAAGCCUUGGGCCGCCGUAUGGUCAAAGUUUGGAGAGACCUUAUCAAGGCCAGCGAUAGUGACCAGGUGGUAUGGUCGUCCCAUGAUCCGCCUCAUCAGAGCGAGUACAACUAUGAGCUUGUAGCGUGCACGACGCUGACGCUCUGGGAUGACACUGCCGACAUGCUGCACGGCUCCGUUUGUGUUGAUAUCCGCGCGGCGCUCGAUGUCAACCUCGACCGCCUGAACUGUUACACAAACCAUUUUCGUGAUUCAGUAACUGGAAAAAUCAUGCGCGCUCCAUGCAAUGGGAAUGCCGGACAAGAGGCUACCGUGCGUGCAGAGACCUGUCAACAGCUUUCUGCUAAGCUGUCUGACGCGCAGUGGUUCCAGGUCAAGGUGACGGACAUUUUGCAGGGAGGAGAAAACGAACUAGCGUGGGAAACGAACUACUUCUUUCCCGAGGACGCUGCACUUAUUUCGGAGUUGGAAGUGACGCGCCGUCUCGGUGAAGUCGGAAACGUAGGUGAAUUCUGGGGCUCUUCGCUUCUAUCGGCACUUCAGUACGCGGUGCUGGUCAUUCCCUGUGAAGGCGAUCCUGACCGCAUGUGUGAGAAAUGGGAUUUCCCCGAUCAUUUGAUACAGGAUUCAGAUGGCCGGUGGGUGCGACAAUUUCGUACCACGAUUCUCUGGGGGAACGAGUUUGACUGCGCCAAAUUGAUUCACCCAUGGACGCCACGACCUCAGGGUAAUGUCGAUGUUGUGCCAGCAGUACCGAUGUAUUUCUACAAACGUGGAAAGCAAUGGCCCAAAAUACAUCCCGCCCCGGAUGCCAAUACCCUGUCCAUUCCUGACAAGGCGACGGUAGUGACUCCGAUUCCUGGUAAGGGUAAUCAAGCUCACCAAUAUUAUUGGGUUGACCCGAAUGAUCACAGCGGAACACAUACUUUGACCGGUCGAUCUGAAGACGAUGAGCCUGAUGGAUUGGAUUACGGAAUGUGCACGGUGCUCCAGGCGAGUGCGGGCGCGGGAGGCGAGUACUGGGGCCUGCGGACCUCCAUGUAUCCGACUGAAAAACUACAACACACUACUACACGGAAAUCCUAGAGCCACCGCGGAGCAUAUGCAUCUGCGAAUGCAUGUUUUUCAACAUCUCCAUCAAUCCCCUUGUGCUUUGUUUGAGCCGGACUAGACUCAAGUGUCUUUUUGUUGCUCAUCCCGAUCACGAAUACCAAAGUAAGCGGCCAGGCGUAGAGAGAGAGAUCCGAAUGUAUAAUUGCAUCAAGUAUAGAAAUCAAUCGCAUAAUGAACUUGAAAUAAAGUAAUGCGCUGUGAUCAUUUUGCACAUUUAUUUUGUACAUUGCAUCAUGCUAUCUCACUCUAAAUAAGAUAGCCUGCUUGCACAGACGUACUCUGUGUUUGGAGGUGCUGAUUGCACUACAAUGUGAGGGUGUCCCCAUGAAGAUAGAGAUGCUAGGCAAGUAUUGCAGCAGUACGCGCUCCGGGUGGCAAUUUCCCAGUGAUACCAAGCGCCGUGGUGGAACACUACGUUAGUCCGGUGCUACCCCCCGUAAGCGUAUGCCCUGUAAGCUGUAAGUGCUACAAUGGCGAGGUUGACGCUGAUGAGCAAGAGCAAACCUGCACGGUUAUCCCUCAAAGGAUGGGCAUGUCUGCGUCUAGCUCUUGCGUAGACGUCGUUACGUAUAGAUUUUCUAUGAUGAUGCGAUAGUAGUGGAAGUUGUCCUGGCCUCCUCCGUGUUACAUGGAAAUAAGUCCUUGCCGCCGGCUUGUUCCGCGAACAAGGUGCAGUUGUCUCGUAGGCAUGAUAGGUUUCUUUGAGAGUGUGAAUGCGAUAUUCUCUAUAUUCGCUGUGGUUUUUAUAGUUUUACGUUUGUUUUGCGUAUAAAUGUAAAUCUAAAACCGCGUCGUCCACUACUGCUUAGAGGAGAGGCAGACAUGUACGUGUUUACUAUCGAUGGCUUGUGAUGGGAAGCAAAAUUGCUUGGCAGCGGGGUGCUUUGACGGUUACAAGCACAGGAUCGACUGGCCGACGUCUGGCGAACGCGUUUGUUUUCCCGCUUGUGAUGCGGGUGAAGAAUCUGUGUCUUGCCCAGUUUCCACCGGUGAUGCUGAUCCGUACUACGUACGCGACGAAAACACGCGGAACGGCUACUGUACGCAGGUCACGGAUCCUCUAAAAGCGCUGGCCGUAGGCGCAAUGACGAAUGCCGACAGUGACGCAUACAAGAAAUGUCAAGACAGCUGCUGCAUACAGGUCUGCAAGAAGCCGCUCGACGCCACGCUCCAGUACUAUGACAUUCCUUUUCCAAAAGUGUUCCACUUUUUUUAGGGCAGACCUUCUCUGCUUUGCUAGUCCAAUGCGAAUAUUGCGCCCAACAAGUAGAUUAGCUGGCACAGCGUGCGUUUCUCUCCUGUAUGGUCUUCGCACAACGUCCACUGUAAUUGUGUUGUGCCUUAUGCGUUUCCGUGUCCUUCUGCAUUAGGAAUGGGUAUAAUUGUUGAUGUCGUUUACGUUUUCGCUGUCCACUCUCAGGACAAAAGUUGGCAGUUGCAGCUUUGGUUCUAUAGAGGACUAGUGUGCGGCGCUGCAAUAUAGGUGACGAGUGUGUUGAAGACGUAGGUACAUUAGGGCGGCGGCACUGACAAGGUUUCUUAUUUACAACUACAACAGGAUGCUUCAGUUUUCCCGCGACUUGACAAACAAUUUACCCGACUGGGAGACAUUUCUGAAGCGCCCCGAAAUGAGACCAGGCGCCGCUACUGGCGAUUCGCCUUUAUGCGACAAGAUGCAUUGCCCGUUACCGUACUCCUUCAGAUAUCCCGGCUUGUUUUAUUCGUUUUUGUGCAGCACAGACGCGGAGCACAAACAGCGCAGUGUCUGUUCGAUUUUACACGGAUAACGUGAGUUUGGAUACGGCCAUGCGUUGGCUUAGCCUGUACGUGACUCUUCAAUAUCAAGUGCAUAUACGGUUACGGUCUUACAUUGGAAAAAUCCGAAACAAAUUUAUAAACUUAUGUUCACCGUAACGGUUUGCAAUAGGGCUAAUGGAUAUUUGAGUAUGGUAGAGGGAAUCUUGUUGUCGCGUUGAUAUGUAUUCGUUUUUCCGGACGGGGGUGUGGCGUGUAACUCGAACUACAAUACGGCCGAAACGCCUGGGUUUUAUUGCCCCCUAGCUGGAGUGCCUGCGGUCUUGGUAGGAUGCGGGAAGGAGUGCGUAUGCAAUAAUGGAGAGGACGCGGACGCGAGCACCUGCGAGGGUAUCCACUGCAUGUGACGUAUUUGGGACCGGGAUAAACCUAAACGGGCAUGCUGUGUUGCACUUAUAGUUACUCUGUAUGAUCUUGGUCUUUCAUAGUACUCGUUCGCGUAUAAUAAACGCCCUCCCGUUUUUUGGGACGUGUACUCAGUAUUUUUUUCUACGCGGAUGAAUGUUUGAUAUAUGAUUUUGGCUCUGUAAUUUGGAUUUGCAACGUGCAACAAAGUCGCGCGUCUCGUCUGCUUUUGCAAGCGCUUCUGCUUAUCUGUGCGUGCUGUGACUCAGAUCAGAUCCCUUGCCACAGUCACAAGUUGACUUGUUUUCUGGGGUGAUCUUCAGACAAUCGAGCUGCACUAGUUUUUUCCAAAAACUUUAUCCCUGACCCAGCAACGAGUUUCCCGUUCCAUAGCUGGACACGGCAAGCAAAACUGCAAGGAGAACGGUUGCUACGCGGGCUACAAGUACAAGGACAAUUGGCCGACUCAAGGUCAACGGGGCUGUUUCCCGUCCUGUGUAGAUGAUGCCGGAAGCGAGUUUUCUUGUCAGUCGAGUGCCUCCUCCGCGGCAGAUCCGCAUUACAUCUGGGCCGGAGAAUCAAGCUAUUGUGCUGACAUCCCAAGCCAGUCUCCAUUAACGCUCGCGCUAGCGGCGAAUGGCAUGGCAUCAGAAAUCAGCGAGACGUAUCAGAAAUGUCGGGACAGCUGCUGCAUACAGGGCUGCAAGGCUCCGUCAAGCUCGAGCGAGACGAUGAAGUACUACUCAUUCUUAACGUUCUCGUCGUAUGUGAUUUUCGGAACUUCUUUCUUUGGCCCACGAUAUCGCUAAGCUCCUCCACAGUGGGACGGAAUAAAUGGUCUAUGUAUAUGUCAUGGUGGAUAUGGUGUGAGAACUGUGUUCGUGACACCAGAAGAUAUCUAUGUAUGUACACAAGAAAUGCCGAUGUACUAAAAAAGUCUUGUGCGAAUAUUAGUACGAUGACGAUCCGAUAGCUUCUCCUCUGAGUUGGCUACUGGACUGGGAGGACCGCAGUGAAUAGAGCAUCGAUUAUCGUGGAGCCCUUGGUCUAAGUUUAAGUAGGAGAAUAUGAAAGUCAUGCCAAAGCAGGCAAAGCAAGAAAGAAAAUGAAAAACAUAAGUAAUUGACAACUGCUUACAGGAAAAUCGACGUGCCAGAAACCUUCGCAUGGGAGCCGUACCUCAUUCGCGACGAGAUGAAGCCGACGGGGAGCACUGAUGGUGCCUUAUCGCAUUGACAACAUGGGCGUUCUCCUUUGUCGAAUAACCAACUCUGCGUGUGCAUGCAGUACGACUGGCAGCCGUUCUAUACACCGAUUGUGACUCCGUGCCUGUCAUGAAGAUAGACAUAAAGAAACAAGAAUGCAUGAUGAAAUAACUUUUGUUCAGCUGUGGCAAAAUCUGGUAACCAAGAAAUGAAUGCAUGCGCGCGCGCGCAGAGUCCCACGCCGGCCCACGAAGGUAUUGGACUUUUGAAGGAGGUGGACACAUGUUGUCAAAUGGAUACGCGAUGACAUUGGUUGGUAUAACUUGCAAGCCUGAAUACGAUCAAGUUUCGCAGCCGAAGUUUUACUGCCCCGGGGGCGGACAAGAGGUGAGCUUGGUAGGCUGCGACCAGAGCUGCGAGUGCAACAACGGACAACUUGACCGAGCGCCGAACACGUGCACGGGUAUCCACAGAUAUUUAAAAAAGUGCCUGUGUCUGGAAAAUGAGUGCCGCGAUUGGUAUGUCAUCUCGUCAUGUGCGAUCUACUGUCUGUUUCAUGAAUAUGAUUUUGUUUUCGCUCUAGUCUACUGCUACUAUCAAUGAACAAGAACCGCAGGCGAGAAGUAGCCACGCCAUGGAAAGUACAGAAUCGAUAAACGCGGUUUUUCUUGGACGGCCCGCCAUGCUGGUUGGAGUGGCGCUGCAGCAUCAUGCCUAGAAGAGCCCAAUAACAGGUUUAGAAGAACCACGAAUCUUGUUUGAUGAAAUUGAUCCCCAGGCCGGCGGUUUAGAAUCGCAUGUACGAGGCGUUCAGCUCAUCGACAAGGAUUCGGCACAAUAUGUUGAGACUACAAUAACGAGGGGUACUAAAAGUUAAAGGCGCACUCAUGUUUCCCAUUCCUGGUAAACCACUUUUCCCAUCCACAUUCCUAUCCGGCGAUUACGGAGGUAACCAGAACUGUCUGGUAACUGGGUGUAACUCUGGCUACAAGCACAGGACCGAGUGGCCGUCGGCCGGUAGCCGAGGUUGCUACCCCGCCUGCGAUGUUGACGGCUUCCAUGUUGCCUGUCCUUUACCAGAAACUGCGUCCGACCCAUAUUGGAUACCAAAAGAAUCGGUCAGUGGUGACCGGGGUCUCUGUGCGAUUUCGACGGAUGAAGAAGCUCUGGCAGAGAACGGGAUGCAACCAGAACACGAUACCUACAAGCAGUGUCAGCAAAGCUGCUGCACGCAGGGCUGCGCCAGGCCGUCGAGCGCUACGGAGCGGUAUAGUUGAUUUCUGAUCGUUCUGUUGUAGUACAGUACUUACUGCGUUGCCCUUACCGGCGCGUCUGGUGCGAACACGACGCCGAGCGGGUGACAAGUUGAAUUUAUCGCUUUUUUCAGUCGUUUAGUUGCGUUACUUCGUUCCGCCUCCAGGAGAUGCGCAGGCACAGCAUAAUGGAAGGAUUGGCAGACGUCACGUAAAAAUUUCAGACAAGCUAUAUGAAAGAUAAAACCACGGUUACAACAGGAUGAUCGAGAUUGCAGCACCUGCAAGCGGCGGCGAUCCUUGGGAGGAUUUUCUUACGUCAUCCCAAAUGCAGCCUGGCAUGACUGCUGAUUCUGCAAUAUGCUGUCGAUAAACACGGUUUAUUUCAUUGAUGACCUGCACCAGUACCUGUACCAGUAACAUCAGCAUCGGCAUCACACACUUGUUGCAAAUCUAAGACCUCCGCUACUGGAAUAGUACAUAUGCGUACCACGACGUAGCUGGUUCUAGUUCUACUUUUCAGUGUUGGAGGAGGUUCGUUAUGUAGGAUGUGUCUCUCAACGAGGGUGGACGAAGGCGCUCCCUCGUCUCUUGUGUGCUGGGGACCAACCCUUGAGGCGUCCUGCUUUUUUCAAGAGAAGCAUGUGCUGCCAAAUAAAAGUAAAACAGAAUUCAAAGUCUGAGUCUAUGCAGACACCGAAAUUGAUCCAGCUAGGCACCACUGUCGUGCUGCGACGCACGUAGAAAUAAACCGGGUUUUGUCUAGCCGAUACGCAAGGGACCUGCAAGUGCAAGGCGGGAACGUAACCUGUGCUGCCGGCUUCGUUGGAACGCCUAAAUAUUUCUGCCAGAACGCCGGGAGCCCGGUGAGCAUGACGGGAUGCAGUCAGAUAUCACAUUACAAUAACAUGCCUUCCUCACGCGAAUUUGUAUAUUUGUCUUGCUGUAACUGUAUGGUAUUCGUAUUUCGUUGUGAGAGUGAUAGAAAAUAAUAAUAAAGAGCGCUCUCCUCGACGUCAUGCUUCAGACGAUGAUGAUCUUACUAGCUGUAGCUCCGUGGUAAUGCAAGAAGCAAGCGCGUAAGGUCGGCUUUACUUUUCCUUUUGAAACGGGAAGGUUAUGGAGGUGACGACGACGACAACGACCAGUACUACGACAACCGUGACGAACGCCACGGAGGCGGUCGUGGGGGGCGGGCUGAAUGCCCCGGCGGUCGCGGGCGGGUGUGGUGCUCUCGCCCUGCUGCUCUUGCUGGCCCUGGUGCUCUGCGUCUGCGGUUGCGGCAGCACGGUCGGGGCCGAGGAGGAAGAGGUCAAGGACCGGGACUGGGUCACGGCCCAGUGGGGCUACAGCUCCGACAUCGACGAGGAGCCCCUGGUAUGAAAUGCAAAAAUGUCUGGGUCUGGAAGAUUGCCAGGCUUGUCAUGCGUAUUUUGAAUGAUCCAGGAUGUCUGUGAUGCGUGCCAUAGCAUCACAUAUUUUUAGAGGACUUUAUGUUGCCUCUACCGCAUGAGAAAUGCCCUCUUCGCGUAGCACAAACUGGAGUCCUCCUGCUGGUCAUGCAAUACAAAUUUUUUUAGAAUCCAGCGACAGCAUUACAAGUUUAGAAUCUUCCAGACCCAGACAUUUUUGCAAUCCAUACCUGGACGAGGCCGAGGAGGACAUCAAGAAGGCGUUGGUCGCUGCAGGUCUCAGUGCGGGCUACGCGGACAAACUGACAAAGAAGCUGCUGGGAUCCGACCCCAAAUCCAAGCGCCUCAAGGCCCCGUCCGACGACAAAGAUUCGCGGGCCAUGCGCGACCUCGGUUUCGACUUCGACCUUAUCACUUUGACGAAAACUAGAACUACAUCCGACGGCUGCGUUUGCAUUUCCAUUUCGAUUUCCAGUCGAAAUGUCUUAUUUGCAGCAGAGGAACAAAUGCAGUUUCUUCGUCUUCCUUCUGGUUGGGUCUGGACGAUGUCGAUGAUAUUUCAUGAGUUCCACCUCGUCAUCGGGAUGAUUCCAUCUUGGGUAGGCAUUUUGAAUUUGCUGCAACUAAAACUUCUGAUCGCCUUUUCAUUUCUCUGAAGCACAUACUGAUUAUGUUGCAUUGUUCAUGAACAAGUGUCAUCGUCAGAAAACUGAUUGAUACUUAUUGACCGUUGCUUUUGGGCAAGCGGAAGAUCAUGCAAAUGCAGCAAAAGUUAAAGCGCCGGAUCUUUUGUUUUCAACGUGAUAAAAUUUGGCGACGUCGAGGUGGGGGUGGUGCGGGGAAUCUUCCGCAAGGCCCUGGCCAAGCGGCGGAAGAAGGACAUCCAAGCAGCGUUGACGGACGCGGGGGCAAGUUCCGAGUACGCCGCUGAGGUCGCCAAGCAGGUCACUGGUUGGAAAAAGAAGAAGAAAGUGAAGAAGCCGAGCCGGCCGGAGGACCUGCGCGCGAUGGAGCAGCUCGGGGUGGAUUUUGGGGGCCCUGUGGAGUUUGCCGCCCUGCGUCAGCUCCUGCAGAGCGCCGUGACUAAAGGUGGACGCAAGACGCCGCUCGGGCGGGAGGCCCUGCUCGACUACCGGGACGAGUGCGCUUCCGCGGAAGCCGCCCUGCUGGCCGCGGGCCUCUCGCCGGCCGGCGCACGGCGGGUAGCGCAGUACAUCGCCGGACCCUUCGUGGACACCGAGCCCGUGCCCGCUGACCUAAGUGACGUGGACAAAGAGGCGCUCAGCGCUUUCGUUGGCUAUCCACCGCACCACCUUCUGUGCUGUCGCUUGUGCAGCAAUUAUACGUUGUGGUCAAAGCAGGCGAAUGAAUAUGAAACCCAUCACGCUACUUGGAUCUUUCUACCAGAAUGUUCAUGUUUCUUUUUCAAAAGUGAGCGUGAACCAUGCCAAUAUCGCUAUAGCCAUGCAAAAUAUAAUAAUCCAUGCAUUUUUAGAAAAAUGCCGCUGAGCUGACCGCAGGGAAGGUUUUGCAUUGCAUAACUUUGGCGAGGUGUUGAUGAUUGGUGCCGUGCGCGAAGUGCUGCGGCAGGCGGAGAGGAAGAAGCGGGGUGGGGCCGGCAAGGACCUGCACGGCGGAUUAGAUCUGUUUGACUUCAGCGCCGUCGAGACCGCACUGCUGGACGCGGGGCUGUAUCCUGAGUAAAAACGUACCCACACCAGAGUUGUCAUGCGACUUUGCCAUGACAGGAACAUUUGUGAUGCGCAACCCCAUGACAGGCAUUUUCAAUCGUGUUUGGGAACUUGUAAUGCUGUAAACAGGAUCAGCAGAUCGAUUUGUGAUGCGGCUUUCCUUGCUAACUUGCACUACCUUACGGACUGAAACUUGUCAUGCGUGACUCACAAAGCUCCUAGGUUUGUGUUGCAAAAUCCCCAUCCUGACUCUGGUGUGGGUACGUUUUUACUCAGGAUAGCCUGUCGCGCGGGUUCAGUAAGAAGAUGGCCGCCCAGAUUACGGACCGCGGCGCGCGAGACGACGACCCGCUGGUGAGCACCGACGACGCGGCGGACCUGGAGGUGCUGCGGAAGUUGGGGCUCGACCUUGCCAAGGGCGAGACGGUGGGGCACAUGCGCGGGUUCCUGGACGCCUUCGCCCACCACCACGACGACGACGGGGGCCUCGGGGGCGAUUUGUCGGCGCUGACCCUGGACGAACUGCAGUUCCGCCUGGAAACCGCGGGGUUUUCGCAAAAGAUGUCCUUGUUCGUGGCCAAAAAGAUGCACAAGAAGGCCAAGUAUCAAGUGUAAAAAUGUCUGGGUCUGGAAACUUGUGAUGCUGGGUGGCGUCUCAUGGUGAGGCUACGCAUGCUGGCUCAGCAUGACAAGUUUCUCAGUUCCUAGGUCUUUCCUAUUCUGCAUGACAAACUGCGCUUCUGCAUCACAGAAAAACGGAACUCUUGGGUAACGUGCAUGACAGAUUUAAGAGUCAUGCCAGACAAGCAUGUUGCCAGACAGAGGAUCCGUAGCCAUUUUGGCUCAAGAUCCUUAAUAUACCAACCCCUGCCCCGGUGGUGGGGGGGAUCCUCUGAGCACAGUUAAUUUUUCCGACAGCGGCCCUUUGUGUGGGAGUGAGUAGUCGUAGACCAUUAGCCUUUACAGAUUGCAUUAGUUUAGAGGCCCGACGUAGUCAUUAGGUUUCCUCGACCUUUUUCGUUUUUGCUUAUCUUAUUUCCUCCUCUAUUCAUUCGCAUUCUUUUCUCCUGAUCUGCAGUAGAGCUGCGACCCUCGCGUCUGUGUGCUCCUGCUCAUUUUGAAAAAAUGCCCUGACAAGCACAGCAUGGACCUCGGGGCAACGCGCAACACGAUCGGAGGCGGGCGAUUCGCUGCCGUCGUCGAUUAAAAGGCCUGUCACCACACGCGGCCCUGCACAAUUCCCAGCACGGGCGGAGUCGGACGCUUUCGGGGAGACACCUCUGGCGCAGGGUCCGCGCAACAGCAGAUUUCGCAUAGCGCAUCACGGGAUGCGGGCGGGCGCCGGAGCUAGGGCCGUAGUGUAGUAUACAGGUAUUUUUAGGGGGUUUAAGUAUGGGUGUCCUCCUCUUCUUGUGUGCUUGCAUGUGAAACUUCUUCGUAGUAUCUCCUUCUCUCUUUCAUUCAAUCGGGCGGUCUGCUACUCUGUUGUUGUGUGCACGGGGGCGGAGCAGGUCCGUCCCCGCCGUUGCCUCAAUUGAACCACAGGCGUCCGCUCUUUCUGUGGAUCCUGGAAGAUAUGGUUGUCGCACAAGAUUCGGCUGCGUCGUCUCCGCAUCUCUCCCUCCCCCAGAAUCCAGGGCAGACCUGAUAGUCUGUGCGCGUAAAGUCCCUGCUGUGACUCUAGCGGCACCCCUGAUAGAGUGUGUGUGGAUUCUGGGCAUUUGCGCACAGGACGGAGGCCCAGCAACGCAGGUCAGGACGGGACCACAGGACCUUCGGGCGGCUUCGCGGGUACUCCCAAUAGGCUUACGGUAGUGGAGUCGGGGGGCUGUUGGACGAUAGUCGAGCUGAUGACUGUCCGGCGAUGCCUCGGGGCCGAGCCGUGUGUACGAGCGGAAGCGAGUGCCGACCAACAGGAACGUGUGGCGUUGGAUUCCGCAAGCGAGAUGAUGAGCGUUUCUCGCCGCCUUCGGUGUUGGCGACGGGUCUGGAUGCUGGGUUCCCUAAGUUCCCCCUUCUCGUGGCCGUUCUGGUGCGCCUUCUCAUGUGAGGUCGUUGACAAGGCUUGGUGGGAAAUUCCCGUUGCGCGAGGCUCUUGCCUUGCCCUCUGUCUUCGUCCCCAGCGGUGUUGUGGCAGUAGAAGCGUCUGAUGUGGCCGUCGGAGCUUGCUCUGGGUCUUGCGGCUCCUCUCGUCUUCGGUGGAGUACCUGAGUGGCUUCUUCUGCUGCCUCCGUUGACUUCUGGUUGCUGCUUGACUGGCGGUUGGGAACACUUCAGGCGUCUUUGUGCUGUGCUUCGGCCGCGUGGUCCCCGGUGUUCCCCGGGUCCGGAACUCUGGGUUACCUUGGUCGAGUUGGUGUCACUGUCGGUUCACCUAUGUCCCUGCCUUUCUGUUCUUGCCACUGGGAACAGUCUGUGCGUUUCUUUCGUCAGCGGCUUCCUGGCGCUGGAGCUCGUUGACGAUUGUUUCGGGAGGUUCCUAACGGCCCCUGAGGACAUUGCCCCGUUGCCGACCAGGUCGAACUUAGAGGUCGGCUUCGGGAAGAUUUUCCGGAGUUGAGUCUGCUUCGGCAGGUCUCUUGUGAAGGCGAGGGCAGUGGUUGGCUGAGGUUGUUGGAGCGUUCCAUAGUGUCGCUCCAGAUCAUUUUUGAUCCUUCUCCAACUUCCUCAUUUCCUGUGUGGUCUAAUGCAGAUUGCAGAUCACAAUACAGGGCCACCCUCGUCUCUCACCUCCAGGGGGGGCGCGCGGACCUCGCUUGCCAUCUUGUUUGGUCUCGCGAAAGUUCCAGUCCCCCCGAGUGGGAAUCGGGAAUAGUAAAGUGCCAGACAAGCAUGACAAACAUGAAUUCUUCCAGACCCAGACAUUUUUACAGUUGAUACCAAGGCGGGCCAGUCGGUCGACCUCACCGAGGACGAGAUCCGCGAGAUCGAGCUGCAGUGCGAAGAAACCUUCGACUAUCACAGUGAAAAGUGCCCCCCACCCCCAAAGUUGCAAAAAUUUCUGAUGCGAAGUUUCCAAAUGAAAACUUUUUGUCAUGCAUGAAAGGAAUAUGAAUCUUGCUGAUGCAGAUUCUAGGGCGGGUGUGUCGCAUCGCUUGCACGACAAGCACUGCUCUCGUUGGGAUCUUUUCCAAUACAAAUUUUUGCUAUUCACGAUCGGAAAUCUGUGAUGCUGAUGCAUGCAAGAGGGCGAGUGUUUCAUUUGGAAAGGUUUGCAAUACAAAUGCUUUCAAGUUCGGGGGUGGGGGCAUUUUUCAUUGCAAUAUCGACGUGGAGAGGUUUCGGGGCAUCACCGAGAAAGCGAGCACAGUCGUGGGGUUCCAAAAGGGCGGGGUCGCCCGCAAGGGCAAAAAGAUCAACCUGCAGCGGGCGCUGUCCUCGCCGAAACUGGUGGAAAGCGCGUGGAAAAAAAUCAAGCGGAAGAAGGCGAAGCACGCGAGGAAAAGCGACAAGGCUGGUGUAGCUUCCGAUGUGUCGACGGCCAGCGAGGAAGCGGCCGCGAUUGGCGCGCGCGCCAGCAAUGUGAAGAAGCCGAAGAAGGAAAAGACCAAGUGGCAGAACGAGCUGGAGGAGGAGGCGGCCGCCGCGCUGGAGGAGGUCGGGUUCUCGAAGAAGCAAGCUUUUUACCUCGCGGAGAAGAUUGCGGCCACCGACGCGGACACCGUGACCCCCGAAUUCAUGAAGCUCACGGACGAGGAGCGCCGGAUCGCCUGCAAGGGGCUUGGCGGCAUCGCGGUCGUUGACCUCGAGGGCCUCGUGGACGAGCUCGUGGAGCAAAAAGCCGACUUUUUCACGAAAACGCUGUCGCUAUGGAAGGCAAGAACUCUCCUUCUAGCACGGACCGGAUUCCAAAUUGAAAUCAUGUGUCAAGUUGCAAGUUCGGAUGAAGGCAUGGCGCUGCACCUGCAUGUUUGUCACAAAUUCGCGUUCCACUUGCAUACUUACUACACGCAAGUUAAGUACUUACUUGAUUUUCAUGAGCACUAAGGGUAAGAAGGAUCGUUGGAUUUGAAAUGUCAAUUCGCAUGUCUCGGGUAAUGAUGGAUAGAUUAAUAUACUGAUUGGCGCGUUUUUUCAAAGUGCGCUUUGUACACAGCAGCAAAGGCAUUGGCAGGCAAGAGAAACUUGGAUGUCGGGACGUGUUUGUAUUCCAUAGGUUCCAGAGUCCUACGGGGAGAUUAACAAAUCGCAGGAGAUGGGCCAACCUGGUUCCGUCUUUCACAGUCGUGUGCACAAAUCGAGUAAAAAGAAGGUGCACCACAACAAUAUCACACGAAAACUGCAACAAGGAGUCCGUCACUCCUGAAGAAGUGAUUGAAUCGCCAAAAAUGCAGAAUUCACUCGCUUAUUUUCUACUUCUACAACUUCGUUUCCGUGCGGCAUUGUAAAGAAACCGUUUCAAAACCAAAGAAAUAUUGGGAUUGCUAUGCUCUACAACUUUUGCAUGCGUGAUAUUAAUGCAGAACGAUUAUCAUGAAAGGUCGUCGAAAACGAAACGAAAAUGCUGUGAUUGACUUCCUCGUAGUAGGUUUUCAUGUGGACCACACAGAAGCCCCAUCCCAAGAGCGGAGCCCCAGGAGCGGACAGGAAGAGCAAACGGAGCGUCGUGCACAUAAAAUCCAACACGACUGCCGCAUCCGCUUUGAGUUCGGGGGCUUUUUUUGACCAUAAGGAUGCAGGCAAGCCCUCCACUUUGACGAGUGGGGGAGAAGUCAGUGAGCCCUCUUCUCAUGGGCGCAAGGCGAAGAGUAGCCGCAUGAAAUCCAAGCAAUCCGAGGCCGGCUCUUCCGAAGGUGAUUCCGGCUCCUCCAGCCACCCCGGCAGCGAAAAGGGGCAUCACAAGGCCAAGAAGAAGCACCCGAAGAGCGGACAUGGGCAUCCGAAAUCAAAACCACAUUAGUAGAUCUUAAACGACGAUCCUGACUAGAAGUAGAACACGACGCAUGCAUCGCGCAGAGCGAUGCAGAAAUAAUACAAGAAGCAGAAGAUGACGCAGGAGAACGCAAACACAUAUCAGACCGGCGCUGCAAUGAAAAAAACACGUUUUCCCAUAAAUUUUUCUUGACCCUAGUACGUAAAUUUGUUAGUUUGACAUCGAAAACGAAAUCAGAUACAGAUCCCCAUUCUUCAGAGCUCCCCUACCCCAUUCCAUGUGUCGCAUACGCAUGUUUGCGCACAGUAUGAAGCAGAGUUGCAUUUUUUUUUAUUUUUCUGGAGUAUUAACUACAUCGGUUGCGGUACCGGGAAGCUGUUUCGACCUGCCGUGCUACAGUUGCGGCCCUCGCCGUAGUCUGCGCAGAGUUGAACUCGGCUUCGAUACCUUCCAAAAUUCAUUUUUUUUUUAUCUGCAUCUUCCUCACUCUGACUCUCUGUCUCUUGUAAACACUGCAAGCACCACCACCACUAGCGUUUUGUCAAACGAUAAAUUCAAAAUGUUACCGAAAGUUACAACGAAACUUACCUUUCACGCACCACUCCCGCAAGCCAAGUUUCAUCCUUGAGUUUGUGAGUCUGAGCACUAUGUUUCGUUAACGCCCCGACGUAUGCAAAUGAAGGCACGUUGAAGUCCCCUGUUCUUUUUCAAGUAGCCCACGGAAAAACAGAGCCAAUUCAUUGAACUGACCUUCCCCAGUACAGCGACCCCCGUUGAAUUUUCAGCUAAUCUGUUGCAAU